AUGGCUACCGAGCAGGAGACCCCUGAGGCCACCUUGGCUGCGGAGCCCGUGAUGCCAUCGCUUGUGGAUAGUUACUUCAAUCGCUGGUACAAAGCUGAUGUCAAAGGAAAACCCUGUGAGGACCACUGUAUACUACAACACUGUAACCGAAUAUGUGUCAUCACACUGUCAGGAUCCCAUCUAGUUCUUCAAAGUGGGAAAGCAGUUAAAAGCAUUUCCUAUCAAAUCAGUACCAACUGUAGCAGAUUUCAGAACAAAGUCUCUGGGAAAUUUAAAUCGGGGGCACAGUUUCUAACAGAACUUGCACCUCUGUGUAAUAUUUGCUGCUCUGAUGGAGAAGAAUACACCAUGUCUAGUGUUAGAGCAGAGUUGAUGGAAGUGAAUGAAAGCAUUCUCCACAAGCCAUCUAUUCUUCAAGAGAAGCCAUCCACCGAAAGCUACACUGCAGUUGUGUUGCCCAAGUUUGAAGAAACUAAAAGCAUAACAGAAGGGUUACUGACACAAAAACAGAAUGAAGAAGUCGUGCUGAAAAGCAUCAAUGCCACAGCAGCUACCUCAUGAGGAUUAAGAUUGAGUAAAAACAUUGGCAUUCUUAUCCUUACCUGGCCUAUGAGUCAGUGCACUAAGGAAGAACCAGAGGCGCUGAAGCGUCCUUCACUUCACACCGGGCUAUGCGCAGGGAGACCUGAUCUUAAAACCUGACCUAGUUUUCCUUCUUUGUCUUGCAUAACAAGCCUUGAUUCUAUUUUGUCUUGGACCUCCCAGAUCUGCCUGCCCAUGUACUCACUCUGUUCUUCUUUUGCUUUUCUCUUUCUAACAACUGGCAAGUGAGAGGCGUUUUUCUGAUUAAAAACCAACAAACAAAGCAGUGUGAGGAAAAUUUGAAAAGACAGAAAAGUAAAAAUGGUUUACCCAUCAUCCUGUAACCCGUUAGUAAAUACUAGGUUUUGAUGUAAUUCUGUUUGAAUAUUAUGUCAUGAUUAUUGAUUUUGCCUCAAUUUUCUGUCACUUUGAAGUUGAAACGCAACUGGCCUUUCUUCCCCAGUCUGCUUCAGUGUGACACGACGCAAACGUCUGGUCCCACCCCUUUUGCCCCAACUGCCCCCCUCAGGUUGCCAGGAAGAGGCAGGGUGUAGAGUGUACCUUCUCCAAAUCUAUGGGUUGGCCUUCAACUCUGAGCAAUGUAGCACUGUAACACUGGCUUCUUAAUGAGGGACACGUGAAAAGGCUUUGAAAGGGGCUUUGCUAACAUGGAAGUAUCAAUAUUAUAAUGUGGUAUGAAGUAACAUGUGCAUUUGGGGUCACUCAGCCUCACACUCUAGUUACAGGGUAACCAGCGAAGAAGUUCCCAAAAAGUUCCUGGAAU